AUGCAGGACGGCCGCACGUUGCAGAACCAGCCAACGACUCUGGAUGCAUCGUUGAGCGCUGGUGACGAGAUCCUGUCGGACUCGGACGAGCCGCCGGACGAACGAGAGAAGACACCACAUCCACCCACACUAUCAGUGAUGCCGAAAUUUGAGAAGGCCAUGGCACCACAGUUCCAGCGCAAGGAGUCUCUGUUGACCCAGGCGCUCCAGAUGUCUGGAACCGAAGAAGAACGACGACCAUCAUCUGGGCCGUCGCGGGGUCUGUCCAAUGCCUCAACAUGGAGCAACACCAGCGCGGCAUCAAUGGCCGAGCUUACCAGCGACGGUGGUCUCGCAAGUCCCUGCACAAGGGCCAGCUCGCCAAGUCCUCCGUUGCCACCAGCGAACUUUGGCGGCCUCGCAUCCACCUUCAAGGAGCCCUUCAGUCAGGACGUCGCCGUCCGCCUCGACGACCAAGAAAAUAUCGGUCCCCUUCAAAAACCCAUUGCAGUCGCGGAUGAGAAGACGGUAGAAGCGAACUUGGGCCGUCGGCGCUGUAUUACAUUCGCCUGCGGGAGGAAAGACCAGAACAAGACCGAGAGCGUUGGUCCGCCGAAGGCACAAGACAACAGCAAAAUCGUCGAGCCCCUGAAACGCCCCACUACCAUCAAGUUCGCAUGCACGGCAAAAGUAUCCACGGAUAACACCAAGGCCGGCAGUAAAUCCGGACUUGCUCGUGCCACGAGUCCGCCUCCCCGGACUCGAACACUUCAAAUAUCACCCAAACCAUCGUCAAGGUCUCACAGGGGCUCUGACUCCACCGUGCGCAAUGAAUCUCCAAAAAGCGUGCGCAAAGCACCACCAUUUGCCCGCACGCGAAGGCUUAGUAUCAACUCUGACAUCGGACGAACUGACGCGACCAGAUUCCACGAGUUUGCGAGCUCAGAGGAAGAGGUGGAGGAAUGGACCCAAGAGUCGACCUGUCACAAGAGCCGACUCACUGUCAACGAUACUCUGAAACUGGAGAACGGCUUGAGACAGUUGGCAGAGGAAGUGGAAGAGGAAGCUUUGGAGGAUGUGGAGGACGAGGAAGAGCUAUUGAUAGACGACGACGAUGAAGAUGAUGAUGAAGAUGAGGAGCUGGAUGAAGACCUCGAUGACGAAGAGGCAAUUGAGGAAGACUCCGCGAGUGUGGGCGCUUCUGAUGACGUUUCCGAUGCCGGCUUCGACACAGAUGACGAGGAAGGCUUUGCCGAGUCUGAUGACGAGAGCGACGCGGGCUCCGACUACAACUGGUGGGCGCCAGCAGGCCGAUCAACCGCCGCAACUUCUUUGGACCCUCCGUCCGCUGCACACAUCCGUCCCACGAGCGGCCGCCGCAGUAUCUCAGACUCAUCCAUUGCGUCAGUCGAUAGCGUUGAUAAGUCUCGCAAGGCGCUUGGCCCGUCGAGGAUUCGGAGGCAGAGGCGCUGCGCUCUCACGAUCUCUUCGAAAAGCCCCGAGCUCCCCGACAGUACCGACUUCGUGUGCGGCACGCUUGACGAGGAUCGACCGCGGGAGGAAGAAUAUAUGUCGAACCUCGAACGGCGCAGAGCUGCAAGGCACAAGAUCACACCACAAGACAUUGACCCUACCUUCCCGGCUUCGGAUCCCGAAAUGGAUGAAGAGGACGAGGUCGAUGAAUUCGAAGAUAUCGCCGAGGAAAGCGAGAACCACAUAUUUAUGCACGGUCAACCAGAGGAGGAUGGAGAGUUACGUGGACGACGCGCACGUGGCUAUCAUACCAAACAUUCACCAAUACAUUCACCAAAGCGCUUGCGCUCACCUCCACCGGCCAAGCGUACCACUACUCACCGCUCACCCCCACCACGCCGCCUGUUUGGCCAAUCCCCGAGACGACUGCGUUCGCCCCCUCCAGCUGCUCGUUUGAAGUCACCGCCGGGUACAUGCCGUACUUCCACAACCACCUCGCCCAGCCAGCCCCCGCAAUUGAAGCUGCGUUUUGCGACCCUAGCCGAGCGUCCGCAAGUUACCCAAUCCUCAUCCCUUCCCCGCACACCCACCGUCAUCUCCCGCGAUCCGCUCGAAGAUCUCGAAGGCGACUCAAAAGAAGGCCACAGCCGCCGCGCCAUCGACAUUGUCAAAGGGCUGGAGAAGAAGCGACAGCUCAGGAAGGAGAAGCUCUACCAAAAGCACUGCCGCAAGAGCGGCAAGGACAAGGAGCGCCGCCCGCCACCCGGCAAGGGCGCCAAGCGCAUGAGGGAGAUGGGCCUCGAGCUGCAUGCUUACAACAAAGGCAGGAGUAAGGGGCCUUGGGAACCUCAGAAAGUUCAUAUGCUGUCGUACUGA